AUGUCCCUCCCAAUCCCUCAGCAACUCCCAACCAACGAAGCUGACAGCAAUGCAGCCGCAAGAAAUUCCGCUGUGACAAGAUCCAACCGUGUUACAAUUGCUCAAAGUCACAGCUCGACCGCAUCUUCCCCGGACCCAGGCCGCGCACCGCGACGCAAGAAACGUCCGUUGAAGGCUGAGCUGAUUUCGCGAUUGAAGCGUUUGGAGGACGAGAUUAAGGGGUUGAAGGAAAGUACUGAGGUGGCUAAUAGAGUCAAUUGGUGUUUGUGUUCCUGGAAUGCGGUGCGCUUGGAGGAGAAUGGUGCAGGUGGGCAGCGGGAAAGAUUGAUUUUUGGAGGUGGGUUUAGUCGGUAUGUUAUGCAUGAUGCGUUGGUUAAUGUUGAAGACCAGAUUCAAGAACUUCACGAUGACAUCGAAGAUUCGCCAGAACAAUUAGUGGAAGGCAAUGGUGAAGAGACAUGUAGCGCGUUUAUUUUCUGGAUAUUUAUCCAACGCUAA